AGUUUGGCCCAAACCGUCUGGCUCACGCACGUGCUCCACUGCUGCGGCCGGUGUCCAGGACCAGUGUGUCCGCCAGAGGGGCAGGCAUGUGGCUGUGCAAGCUCUUUUUCGUACUCUUGCAGUGUCUUGACGGCGCAGCGUCGGCGCAGAAACGCAUCCUGAGCGUGAAUGCCACAGGUCCGUUUCCAGGUCUGGAGGCGUGGGUCAGCGUCAGUUUUGGUCCCAUUGCCGACCUCCAGCGGGAUCGAGGUAGCUGUUGGUUGGGCGUCUUCUCCGCGACGGCAGACCUGUCUGCCGCGCCCUGGGUGCAGCUGGACGGAGGCAUCAGCGGGAAUGUACCCAACACCGUCAGCUCGCCCAUGAAGUUCAUGAAUUGUGAGGACACUGCAGACCCACAGUUCCGUUCCUCGGGCUUUGGUCGCCAAGAGGUGCGUCUCCUGAAUAUGAGGCAGGAUCUGAUCAUUGCCCUCUUCACCAAUGGCUCGGAACGCCCGGUACUGGAGAGCAAGACUGAGCCGCUUGCUUUCUCGGACUACCGACUGCCGAUGCACGGGCACAUCGCGCUCGCGGCCAGCGAAGGGCAGAUGCUGGUGCAGUGGACCAGCCUCGCCGCAGAAAGCCCUGCUGUGCAGUGGAGUGCGCAGCGUUCUGGUGCACCCUAUCAGAGCAUGGUCGCAGCUUCCACGAAUCUCAAAUACGGCUCGGAGGACUUGUGCGGCGCCCCAGCAAGCCGGGAGGGUUAUCUGGAUCCUGGCUUUCAGCACGCUGCCGCCCUCGCGUGGCCGUCCAAUGCUGAGCCUGGCACGAAGAUCUUCUACCGGUUUGGGUCGGUUGCCGAGGGCAGCUGGUCAAUUGAGCGCUCGUUCCAAGUCCCGCCUCGUGUAGGCCCCAACGUGUCCACUACAGUACUCGUGGUUGCAGAUGUUGGAACCUGCGAGCCCGACUCUUUCCAGUCCCACUGGUCAAACCCUCUAGGCGGUCCGACUGGGUCCGAGGUGUUAGCGAACGUUACUUACGCGCGGAUCCGAGAGGCUCCGCAAAGUCAAGCAGUGCUCCACAUUGGGGACAUCUCCUACGCGACUGGCUAUGCAGCGAAAUGGGAGUUCUUCAUGGAUCAUAUAGAAGAGCUCGCCACACGCACACCCUACAUGCUCGGCGAAUCUCCCAGGGGAACCACGAGCGGGACUGGCCUAACACUGGGUCCGCAGGAGAAACGGACAGCGGGGGGGAGUGCGGUCUGCCCGUGGAAUCGCGCUUUCGCAUGCCGACCCCAUCUCAGAAUCAGAAGCUUGGGUGGUACUCUUUUGACACGGGAGCGAUGCACAUUGUCAUGCUGGACACUGAGUUACCGUGUUGGAAAGGCUCAGAUCAGCUAGAGUGGUUGGCAACGGAUCUGAAGUCAGUGGACCGCUCACGCACGCCAUGGCUUGUCGUGACUGGGCAUCGCCCGAUGUACAGCGUAGAUGGAGGCCACCCUCUGGAUUCUCAACAAAGCGUGGGCCCCGAUCUUUCGGAUUCAUUCUGCCUUGGAGCAAGCAGCUCAGAUCUGGAGACACUGUUUUUAACGCACGAGGUCGAUUUGUGCCUGUGGGGGCACGUCCACAAUGCGUUGGCAACCUGUCCCGUCUACAAUGGAUCCUGUGCCAUGCAGCCCACUUUAUCCAGGACUCGCCCAGGCUACACGUACUCGGCACCUGUCCAUGCGGUGGUGGGGAACGGCGGUCAAACUCUGACUGCCACUGCGAAGCGUCCGGCACCGUGGGUGGCAUGGCAGGCCAGCACGUGGGGGUGGAGCGCGCUGACGGCAGAAGGCUCGCGGGAACUGCGGUUGACAUUCUACACCGAAGACAACGCUACCCUUCAUCACAUCUCCCUGGGGACGUCGGCUGCCAGUGACGAUUUCUCUGCUGACGACCCCUCUUCUAUGGUAAUCUGAGGGGGAUCUGAAGCAUGAACAUCACAGACUGAGCCGUCGCCGCUUCUCCUAGGUCACCCACAGGUGCUCGAAGGGAAUCGCGCUUCGCGCGUGCCAUCUGUGCCAGGGCCCUCCUCCAGGGCGAGCGCCGCGAGAGGGCGCAGGGGCGCGAGGACAGCCCGGCACUGCUCCGAGGCUCCCGGAGGACCAAGAAAUCACGACAAUGAUGCGUUCCAAGAUCUCAGGUAUUGCCCGAAUUUGUGCGAGAUUUUCCGCUGCUCCGCACGGGCGACUUCUAGCGUUCCCCGAACGCAUCCUGAGCCGAUGGAAUCGUGCCGUCGCUCCGAUCCGGCUUGCAUCACCAACCGCGCCCGAUUUAAGGCCAGGGUCGCCUGCGUAGCCUCCGGCCUGGCGCGCGCCAGCGCGGGGGCGCGGGAGCGCGCCGCGCGUGCGAGCGAGGGCUCGCGUCCGCGCGUGCGCGCUCCUCCACGACGGCUUGACGACUCUCCGCAGGAGGGGA